GAAAGUGGAAGAACUCAUGUGUUCACACUUGAGCAACAUUUCUAAAAACACCUCCAAUAUUUUCCCCAAAGGCGAAAGAGAGAUCAAAGACAGGAACCAGGAAUAGGCACUCUCUUUGGUUUAAAAAAGGAGCCCCGUGGCGCAGAGUGGCAGGAUGUCACAGGAAGGCUCCCCCGUCAGCAAGAACCACCUGGGCCUUAUAUGUUAAAAGGGAGCAACUGAUUGGGAGACAGCAAAGCCUGUCUUUUGGGGUCUGCAUUCUUGAGAAAGUUCUGACAGCUCUUGCAAAGAUGCAGAGACGCUGCAGCGAUACCCGCCCCUUCAAGCAGAGGAAAAGUUUAGCCACUCGGACACGUGAUGUGGCCGAAAUCCGGGAGAGGUAUCCAAACAAGAUCCCGGUGGUGGUGGAGCGGUACCAGAAGGAGAAAGAGCUCCCCCUGCUGGACAGGUCCAAGUUCUUGGUCUCUCAGGACCUAUCUAUGUCUCAGUUCAUGCUCACUCUAAGAGCCCGCCUCUCCUUGUCGGCCACCCAAGCCUUCUAUCUCCUGGUGAAGGACAAGAGCCUGCCGUGUCUGAGCCUCACCAUGAUGGAGAUCUACCAAGACAACAAAGAUGACGACGGCUUCCUCUACAUCACCUACGCUUCUCAAGAGAUGUUCGGCGCAGGAAGGCCAGUGAGACGUGGCCAGUGCAGCAGCCUCUAGGAAGGAACAGCUUAUGGACAAAUGAGAAUUUUUAAACAAAAUGUCUUUGCAGUGUCAGGGGAAUAUGGUUCACAGGAGGCCGGAGUCUGCUUAUUGUGGCCGCUCUGUCCUCUAAGCUCUUUAACGACCUUGUACUUUUUGUCCCUCUACAAAGGCGCACGCGUGUCACGAUGCUCAAGGGGUGACGGGCUCCUUUCACCAGCUCCGCAGAGAGCCAUUCCCUUUAAUCUUCCUCCUUUUUAACCCACCUUAGCUGUCUUUUUUUUUUUUUUUUAAGAAAGAGCUUCCCUUCAUCCAUGUUUUGCACACCCAGCUUUGGAACGGACUCCUCUUUCUUUUUAACCAUGCUGACAGGCCUAAAAAGGGAGAGCAGGAGGGUUCCACUUGUUGAAACUUUUAAAACUGCACAGCUGUAUGAUUGCUGCAUCCCCUUUUUAAAACAUAACAGCCUUUUUCCUUCUGUGAGACUACAAUAAAGAAAUAAAUGGUUUUGAUCUGAA